AAUAUUCAAAGUUUAUGUAGAUAAUUUGAUACUAGGAAAUUUGCAUUUAUAUCAUUAAAUAAAUAUAAGUUAUAACCAACUAAUGCUAUUUUAAUUGGCAACCUUUUUUUUUAAAUCGAAUUACUUUCUUUUUAUAUAAUUGUAAAUUAAUCGAUACGUAAUUGAUUUAAUUAACGAUAAGAUCUAUUGGCAAACUAUGGUGUUUUUUUUAUCACGUGGGACGAAGCAGCCAAUACUUGAUGUUUGCAAAAUGCGGGAAAUCAAUCAGUUAUUGCUUGACGUCAGAAAGACUAUUGAACAAAAAGUUCUGUUUGAUUGCAGGUAGUCGAGCGAUAAAGGUAUCACUGCACAUCAACUUACUUUCACUGUCCUAAAGAAUGCAAAGAGGAUUUUGCACUUUACGCUCUUCCUUUAAUCUUUUAAAAAAGAGUAAUUUUCACUUAAAAACGCAACUUUGUCCGCGAUGCCUGCAUAUUUCGCCUAUUGCUGGAAAGUCUGUGGAAUCUCUCCUGCCAGGCCAAGACUUUUCGGUCAGGCAUAUUGGACCCAGAGAAGAAGACAAAAAACAGAUGUUAAAAGUGAUCGGUGUCAAGUCUAUAGAAGAAUUAAUACAGAAAACUAUUCCUGAAAAUAUACAGUUAAAAAGAGAAUUAAAUCUUAGCCCAGCAAAAGGUGAACAAGAACUUACAAAUGACAUUUGGUUAAUUGGUGAGAAGAACAAAUGCUGGAGAAGCUAUAUUGGAAUGGGAUAUUAUGGUUGUCAUACUCCUCAUACAAUUAUGAGAAAUAUAUUUGAAAAUCCAGGAUGGACAACUCAGUAUACACCAUAUCAAGCAGAAAUAGCUCAGGGAAGACUGGAAAGUUUGUUAAAUUAUCAAACAAUGAUAAAAGAUAUGACAGGAUUAGACAUAGCAAAUGCUUCUUUAUUAGAUGAAGGCACAGCUGCUGCAGAAGCUAUGGGAUUGUGUUGCAGGCAUAAUAAAAGAAAAAAAUUUUUUUGUUCAGAUAAAGUUCAUCCACAAACAUUAGCUGUUGUAGAGACAAGAGCUAGUGCUUUAGAUAUAGAUGUGAUUGUUGGUGACAUUUCAAGUAUAGAUCUAAGUAAGAAAGAUAUAGGUGGUGUUCUUUUUCAAUAUCCUGAUACAGAGGGAAAUAUAGAAGAUCUAUCUGAAUUUGUAGAAACUUGUCACAAAUAUGGUACUUUGGUAGUAUCUGCUACAGAUCUUCUUGCUCUUGCAAUUCUUAAACCUCCAGGAGAAAUAGGUGUUGAUGUUGCUGUAGGCACAAGUCAAAGAUUUGGUAUUCCUCUUAAUUAUGGUGGUCCUCAUGCUGGAUUUUUUGCAAUAAAAAAUUCAUUGACAAGACUGAUGCCAGGAAGAAUGGUUGGAGUUACAAGAGAUGCCUCAGGUAAUCUUGCAUAUCGUCUGGCUUUACAAACAAGAGAACAACAUAUAAGAAGGGAUAAAGCCACAAGUAAUAUUUGCACAGCUCAGUAUUGUUAUAAUACAUUCAUGAUUACUUCAAAUGACAAUGCCCUAAAGAUUAGUUUUAAUGAAAUGCAAUUAAAAUUUGUGCAUAAUAGCAAUAAUAAAACUUUAAUUUUACAAAAUGAAAUUAUGAUGAUAAUGUUUUCAAAUAUUAAUUACCUAGGAAUUGAAGAAGCUGGUGGCACUUUAGAUCAUGAAGUAUUUUUUGAUACCUUAAAAGUACAUGCAAAAUUGGGUCAAGACAAAGUUAAGCAAAAUGCAGAGGAAAAACAGAUUAAUCUUAGAUACUUUAAUGAUGGUUCAAUUGGAGUUUCAUUAGAUGAAACAGUUACAGAAAAAGACCUUAAUGAUUUACUUUGGAUAUUUGGAUCUACUAAAAUCAUUUCUGAUAUAGCCUCCUCUGUGACAGGAGAACCAAAAAGAAGUAUUUUUUGUAACAAAUUCUGCAGAAAAUCUGUUUAUCUUGAACAUGAGGUUUUCAAUAGCUACCAUUCAGAAAGCAGAAUUGUUCGUUAUAUGAAAAUUUUAGAAAAUAAAGAUAUUUCACUUGUUCAUUCAAUGAUACCACUAGGUUCCUGCACAAUGAAGUUAAACAGCACCACAGAAAUGAUGCCCUGUUCCUGGAAAAAUUUCUCAGAAAUUCAUCCAUUUGUGCCAUUAGACCAAGCUCAAGGUUACCAGGAAUUAUUUGAAGAAUUGGAAAAAGAUUUAUGUGAAAUAACAGGCUAUAACAAAAUAUCAUUUCAACCAAACAGUGGUGCACAAGGUGAAUAUGCUGGUCUGAGAGCUAUUAUGUCAUAUCUUAAAGCAAAGGGAGAAGGACAUAGAAAUGUUUGCCUUAUUCCUGUUUCGGCUCAUGGUACAAAUCCUGCUAGUGCUCAAAUGGCAGGAAUGACUAUUGAACCAAUAAAUAUUACAAAAGAAGGAAGCAUUGAUAUGGUUCAGUUGAAGGAGAAGGUAGAAUACUUUAAAGAUAAAUUGGCAUGUAUAAUGAUAACAUAUCCAUCCACAAAUGGCAUAUUUGAAGAAGGUAUAAGAGAGAUCUGUGAUAUGGUUCAUCAGAAUGGAGGCCAAGUAUAUUUAGAUGGUGCUAAUAUGAAUGCCCAAGUUGGUUUGUGUCGACCUGGUGACUAUGGUUCUGAUGUAUCCCAUCUUAAUUUGCAUAAGACAUUUUGCAUUCCUCAUGGAGGUGGAGGUCCUGGAAUGGGUCCAAUUGGAGUGAAAUCUCAUCUCAUACCAUUUCUACCAUCUCAUCCUGUGGUAGAUCCAUUACCUGGAAUAAAAUCUGCCCAAUCCUUUGGUGUUGUUAGUGCUGCUCCAUGGGGAUCAUCUGCUAUUCUUCCUAUUUCUUGGGUUUAUAUUAAAUUGAUGGGAGCCAAAGGUCUUAGACAUGCUACAGAAGUAGCAAUAUUAAAUGCUAAUUAUAUGAGCAAGAAAUUAGAAAAUCAUUUCAAAAUUUUAUUCAGGGGUCAAAAAGGAAUGGUUGCACAUGAAUUUAUUAUUGAUGUGAGAGAUUUUAAGAAAACUGCAAAUGUUGAAGCCAUGGAUAUUGCUAAGAGAUUGCAAGAUUAUGGCUUUCAUGCUCCAACGGUGUCAUGGCCAGUCACUGGAACUUUAAUGAUUGAACCAACUGAAUCAGAAGAUAAGGUGGAACUUGAUAAUUUUUGUGAGGCUCUCAUUUCCAUUCUUGGAGAAAUAAAGGACAUAGAAAAAGGCCGUUUAGAUAAAAAAGUUAAUCCACUUAAGAUGGCACCUCAUACUCAGAGAAUUAUAUGCUCCUCUAAAUGGGAUAGACCAUAUUCCAGGGAAAUGGCAGCAUUUCCAGUUAGUUUUGUGACACCAGAAAGAAAAAUAUGGCCAAUGGUCUGUCGCAUUGACGACAUUUAUGGCGACACAAAUCUCAUUUGUACUUGCCCACCAAUGGAAGCAUUUAAAUCAGCCAUGAUUUAACCUUGCCAUCUUUUGUAAGGACUGAUAGUGUGUUUGUAUUGUAAAUAUUGAUGAAUGCGAAUGACUGCAACUGUGUAAAAUAAAUAUAUUUAUAUAUGUAUAAGGAUUAAUAUUUGAAGUAUUUGAAUAUAACUGAUUCUGAAAUACACACAAAUAUACCCAAAACCACUAAAAGGAAUAAAAUUAUUUACUGAUACGAACGUUUUCGCCCUUUUCUAAGGAACAUCAUCAGCUAUAUGAUAACGUUGCUUAACAAUCGAAUACAUUUACGUAUAAAGAUUUGAAGACGUUUGAAUCGCGUACAUGCGCAUUGUCAUGGUAUUACCAAUCUAAACAUAGAAAAUAUUACAAAUUUGAAGCUGUAAUUUUUA